UAUUUAUAUUUAUAUAUAUAAUCAAAUUAAAAGAUGGCUGUUAAGGGAUUAGGACAAUUAGAUCAAGAAUACGACGGAUCGAAUUUGCGUAUUGGUAUUCUCCAUGCUAGAUGGAACAAAAAGAUCAUUGAAGCUUUAGUUGAAGGUGCUAAAGCUAGACUCUUAGAGUUAAACGUUAAGCCAGAAAACAUUGUUAUUGAAACCGUUCCUGGCUCAUUUGAAUUGCCAUAUGGUACCAAGCGUUUCUUGGAAAGAGAAGCCAAAAAGGGCAAGCCAUUAGACGCUGUUAUCCCAAUCGGUGUUCUUAUCAAGGGUUCCACCAUGCAUUUCGAAUACAUCUGUGAUUCUGUAACCCAACAACUCAUGAAAUUGAACUUUCAACUUAAUAUCCCAGUUAUUUUCGGUGUAUUGACCUGUUUAACUGACGAACAAGCAGAAGCUAGAGCUGGUUUGAUCGAAGGUAAGAUGCAUAACCAUGGUGAAGAUUGGGGUGCUGCAGCUGUUGAAAUGGCUACGAAGUUUGAGUAGACGUGUAUAUGGGAUAAAUAAAGAGUAAAUGAAUACAAGUACUAAAUAA